GCUGAUCAUAUUUUUUUACAUUUCUAUUGUAUAACUCAGUUAAACAGAUAUUAAAUAAAGAAAAGUACUAUUAUAUAGUGGUGUAUAAAAAUUUAAUAUUUUUUGAUCAUAAACCAUUAAAUUUUAGGAAUUCGUUUUCCCAUUAACAAAAAUAAAAAUAUGCAAAAAACCUAAAGAAAAAUGUCUUCAUAACGUAUAAUGUACUUUGUACUUCAAGAAGCUAUUACUUAGUAACCGGGAAAAAUAAUUGAACAAAACUUUUUAUAUAUUAUUUAUUAAGGUUCAAUGAUUAAAGAUGAGCUACAGGAUGAUGGUUUGUUAUCACUAGAAAAACUAGAUCGUGCAUCACCAGACUUGUGGCCAGAAAAAAUACCGGGGAUUACGGAUUUUAUAGCUAUGAGUGAUACACCUAUUCGCACACCUGCCCCUGAGUGGUCACGAGGACUGUCUCAAGAGGAUAUGUCAGCUAUGUUAGGUACAUAUCGUCAAAUAGAAUUAAGUUCUUUGAAGCCAGACGAGUUAAUAAUGGAAAUCAAAAAGAUUUAUGAUGAAGCUUAUCAAUUAGGUGUUAGCGAAGCAAAAGAAAUGACAAGGGGAAAAUAUUUAGGCAUAUUUAAUAAUGCUAAGAAAAAGACUGUUUAAACUUUAAAAUAUAAAAACAAUACCUAAAUCAAAUCACUAAUUGAAAAAACUAAUGGAAUAAAUUUGCAUAUAAAAAUGCAUUUGAUAUCUAAUAAAGAAAAUAAUUUAUCGAAA